CAAAAAAUUAUAUAUAUAAUUAAAAAAAAAAUGCAUUAUAUGGCUGUUCACCAAUUUGGUCCAUCAUUAAUAUCAUCAUCACUACCUUGCAUUAGUACUAAUAAUAAUCACUUAAUUUGUAAAUAUUUCACACCAAAAACAUCUAUUAGUCCUAUUUCAAAAUCAAAAUCAAAAUCAAAAUCAAAAUCAAGUACUUGCUACCCCAUCCAAUGUACUGUGGUCAAUAAUAGUAGCCCUAGCUCUACUACUAAAUCUUCUAUUGUUCGAAGAUCGGCCAAUUAUGAACCUCCGAUUUGGUCUUUCGAUUACAUUCAAUCUCUUUCAACCCAAUAUAAGGGAGAAUCCUAUACAAGGCAAUUAAAUAAGUUAAAGAAAGAAGUGAAAAGGAUGCUCCUUCGAAUGGAAAUUAACUCUUUAGCCUUACUCGAGCUAAUCGAUACAUUGCAAAGGCUUGGAAUAUCUUAUCAUUUUAAGAAUGAAAUAAACACUAUUUUGAAGAAAAAAUACACAAAUACUUAUAUUAACAAUAAUAUUACUAACCAUAAUUGUAAUUUAUAUGCCAUUGCUCUCGAAUUUAGGCUUCUACGCCAACAUGGCUAUGCAGUACCUCAAGAAAUUUUUAAUAUAUUCAAAGACAUGAGUGGAAAAUUUAAAGCAAUCAUAAAUGAUGAUGAUAUUAUGGGAAUAUUGGCGUUAUAUGAAGUUUCAUUCUAUGAGAAAAAUGGUGAAAGCAUAUUGGAGGAAGCUAGGGUUUUCACAACCAAGUGUCUCGAAAAUUACUUGAUGAUAAUGAAGGAAAACAAAUUAGAUGAUGAUGAUGAUGAUGAUGAUGAUCAUAAUAAUAUUAUUGUGGUAAUUAGACAUGCGUUAGAGCUUCCACUUCAUUGGAGGACUGCAAGAACGGAGGCCAAGUGGUUUAUCGAUGUAUACGAGAAAAGACAAGAUAUGAAUUCUACUUUGCUUGAGUUUGCAAAAUUAGAUUUCAACAUGGUACAAUCAAUGCAUCAAGACGAUCUAAAACAUUUGUCUAGAUGGUGGAGUCAUACUAAACUCGGAGAAAAACUAAAUUUUGUGAGAGAUAGGUUGAUGGGGUGUUUUUUAUGGAAUGUUGGAUUAAGAUUUGAGCCAGAUUUCAGCUACUUUAGGAGAAUAUCUGCAAGAAUAUAUGUUCUGAUUACAAUAAUCGAUGAUAUAUAUGAUGUUUACGGAACAUUAGAAGAAUUAGAGCUUUUCACUCGUGUUGUUGAGAGAUGGGAUGUAAAACUACUAAAAGACUUACCAGAUUAUAUGAAGAUGCCUUUUCUUGUUUUACACAAUACCAUUAAUGAAAUGGCAUUAGAUGUAUUAAAAGAAAAACACUUUGUCAACAUUGAAUGCCUCAAGAAAACGUGGGUUGAUAUGUGUAGAUCUUUUCUACAAGAGGCAAAAUGGUACUAUAAUGGAUACACACCAACAUUUCAAGAAUACAUUGAAAAUGGUUGGAUUUCAGUAGGAGCACCAAUUAUUCUUGUGCAUGCUUAUUUCUCUUUUGCAAAUCCCAUAACUAAAGAGGUUUUGGAAAUCUUCCAACAAGGUUAUCCCACAAUAAUUCGUCAAUCUGCCAUGAUCGUACGUUUGGCAAAUGAUCUAGCAACAUCAUCUGAGGAAUUCGAAAGAGGUGACUCGCCUAAAUCAAUUCAAUGUUACAUGCAAGACCAUAACGUAUCUAAAGAGGAAGCUCGUGAAUACAUUAAGUUUUCAAUAAGAGAAACAUGGAAGGAGAUGAAUAGUACUUUUAAUAUUGAAGAUGGAAAUUCAUCAUUGGUUGAUGAUGCCAAAAACUUUGCAAGAAUGGGAUUAUUUAUGUAUCAACAUGGAGAUGGACAUAGUUCUCAAGAUAAUUUAGCAAAAGAGCGUAUUUCAAAAUUCAUUAUCAAUCCUAUAGAUAUACACGAUUUUCUUUCUUUUUGAUAACUGAAAAAAGGGAUCAGAUGGUGCACAUCCUAUCUCAAAUUCCUUCAGCUCAAUAAUAAUUUAGGAGAUCACCGAGGAGUGAGCUGAGGAACAGACUCCUCCCAUGCAGAGAACCAUGGGCACACUAUACAUGAUUCUCUUAAUUAAAAGAAAAUCAUGAUUAAUUAUUUUGUGUAUCUACAAAAAAUCCUGUGAUUUUAAUUAAAUUAAUUUAUAGUGUGUGUUUUAAAGUUAUAUUAUAAAUAAUUUUACGUACGUUUCAACA